AGGCUGAUGGAAAACUACACCUUCAACAGUUAUACCUUGCAGAUCACGAAGGCUUCCAUGUACCCCAUCUUUUUUCUUCUCCUUUUCUGCUACCUCUUUAUCCUGAUAACUAAUGUGGGUAUUAUUGUUUUAGUUGUCAUUGACAAGAAUCUCCGUCAGCCCAUGUAUUUACUGCUUUGUAACCUGUCAGUUAACGACAUAAUCGGUAAUACAUACAUGUUGCCUCGUUUGAUGUACGAUGUUGUGCAGCCUCCUUCUGAGCGUCUCAUCAGUUAUUAUGAGUGUGUGGUUCAGGCUUUCAUUUGUCACAUAUUUGGUACCACUUCUCACACAGUGCUCAUGAUUAUGGCCUUUGACAGAUACAUGGCCAUCUGCAAUCCGCUGCGUUACGCGGCAAUAAUGACCAACAAAAUGUUAAUGAAGCUCACAGUUUCUGCCUGGGGGGUGGCCGUUGUUUUGGUUGGGAUCCUGCUAGGUCUGACCAUACGGCUGAACCGAUGCAGGACUCUGAUUGAAAACCCUUACUGUGACAAUGCCUCGUUGUUUAAGCUGUCCUGUGAGAGUGUCAUCAUUAACAACGUCUAUGGUCUGACUUUCACUGUGGUCCUGUUAACAUCGUCUAUCGGCAGCAUAGUUCUCACCUACACUAAGAUUACAGUCAUCUGUCUGACCAGUAAGAACAAGACCCUGAACAGUAAAGCCUUGAAGACCUGCAGCACUCAUCUCUUCGUCUAUAUGAUCAUGUUUGUAUGUGGAAAGGUCCAUAUCUUGCUGCAUCGCUUUCCUCAGUACAUCGAGUACAGAAGAGUGUCUGCCAUUUUGUUUCACAUCAUGCCCGGCACCUUCAACCCCAUCAUCUAUGGACUUCAGUCCAAGGAGAUGAAAAAGUUUCUGUCAAGGUCCUUCCGAUCUAGAAAGGUUUUAGCAACAUAA